AUGCAGGGCGACUUAUUGAAUUCCUUCUUGGGCGCACUUCAAGCAACCGUCUCGAUAGUCCUGGUUAUCUUUUACGGUGUUCUAGCCACUCAGUUUAAGCUUCUAGAUGGACCUGCCUCCAAGAAGAUAUCUACCGUCUGUAUCAAAUUCUUCUUGCCGGCCCUUUUGAUCACGAAAGUCGGCAGCCAGCUACACGCGGGCACUGCGGCCCGAUAUGUGCCUGUUCUUAUCUGGGCCGUCUUCUAUACUCUUGUUUCGAUCGCCAUCGGCUUGUUAGCCGUCAAGAUCCUCAAACUUCCUUCUUAUGUCACCCCGGCUAUCGCAUUCAACAAUACAACCAGCCUCCCGCUUCUUCUUAUCGAGUCUCUGGGGUCGACCGGCAUACUGGACCGUCUUCUGCUCCAUGACGACAGCGUAAAGGACGCCGUUAACCGCGCUCAAGCGUACUUCUUAGUGUGUGCUGUAGUAGGAAACUGUUUGACCUUUGCCGUUGGUCCCCGCCUUAUCAAAAACGAAUACUCUUCAGAGGAACGGGAAGUGCAGCAGGGAGUGGACGAAGAGAACGGAUUUGAGGACGAGGAUGACUUGGAGGAGCAUCGCGAUGGAAGACGGGAUGAUCAUGUACGGAGCCCCCAUGACCCCGACGACCUGACCUCCCUCCUACCGGGUCGAGUUCGCACAUUUGGAGAUGAAAUCACGGAAAAUGUCUUCAAUAUUGGGAGGAACCACUGGGCGCAGUUGUCUCCUCGCACUCGAGAUGUCGUCGUCUUCGUAUCCGACUUCGUCAACCCGCCUCUUAUCGGCGCAAUCCUGGGGGCAGCCAUUGGCCUCACUCCACCUUUGCACAGAGCAUUUUUCAACGACAGUAGACAUGGUGGAUUUUUCAACGCCUGGCUCACAAUAUCCCUGAGAAAUACUGGACAGCUGUUCGUCACCUUGCAGGUAGUUGUAGUCGGAGUCUCUUUAUCCUCUGCGCUGCGAAAGAUGAGACGGGGCGAUGACAAAGGCUUAGCAUGGGUACCUGCUGCCUUCAUCUUGCUGGUGAGAUUUGUGAUGUGGCCGGUUCUUUCCAUCGCCAUUAUUUGGGGUCUUAGUACAAGGACAAAGGUGCUGCCUCAAGAUCCUAUGCUCUGUUUUGCCAUGAUGUUGAUGCCGACGGGACCACCGGCCAUGAAGUUGGUGGCCAUGGGGAAGGUGAACGACAUCGGUGCCGACGAUGAAAUGAUCUUGUCAAAGCUCCUGACGUUGUCCUACGCCGUUUCCCCAAUUCUUGCUCUUACAGUGGUUGGGAGUCUUUACGCAAGCGAGGCUGCUAUGGUAAAGUGA